AUGGAGAUAGUUGCGGAUUCCAAACGAUGUUCACCUACACUACUUGCCCUAAAGGAAAUAUGCUUGACUGAUACCUGUAUAGCUGAUUUAGAUGUGAUUCCUUUGAAUUUUACUGCAUGGUCGUGUCGUCAUGGAAGAUAUCCGGUGAAUCCUGUUCAUGCUGAUCAGAUUCGAGAUCGGAACUUCAGCCUUUGUCUUCAGCCAUGGCGAGUAUCUUCCAAGGUUUUGGCAUCAUCCGGCUCAUUUUGUAGUGUUACGUUAUCAGGUUUUGUUGAUUACAACGGCUAA